AUGAUAAGCUUGGUGAUCUGGCAUAUAGCAGAAGGUAACUUCAAUUUCACAUCAACUGAGGUUACACAAGUGAGUGAUGGUGAUCCCAAAGUUGAAAGAGAGAAGAUUGCCUUCUCUUUUGACCUGAAUCAAUACGAUGAUGAUUUACACAUGUAUGAUGAUCCAAGACAUGCCGCCCCAAGUGAUAGUCCAAGAGAUGCUGCCCCAAGUGAUGGUCCCAGAGGUGCUGCCCCAAGUGAUGGUUCAAGAGAUGCUACACAAAGAGGUGGUGUUGCUGCUUCAAAUAACAAGCAUGUGAAGGAAUCAAAGAAGGGUAAGAAGCGUGAUGAUCCUAUGGUGGAAGUGAUGACACAAUAUGUGGAGAUCAAACGGAAGCAAGCGGAGGAGGAGUCUGCUCUAUUGGCCGGGGCAAAAAAUGCCCAAGAAUUCUCCAUCAGCAAGUGCAUUGCUGUUUUGCACAAGGUGGAAAGCAUCCACCGCGAUGAAAGAGCCACUGCCUACAAAGUGUUCAAAAGUGUUGAGAACCGUGAGAUCUUUCUUAAUUCUGCCGCUGAAGAUGAAGAAAGUGCAACAGUGUUUCUUCGAAGCGAAAUGGCAGAGUUUACUCAAUGUAUCUAA